UGGGAGUGUCAUUGUUGUGACAAGCAAAGAAAAAUAUAUUCCAGAAAAGUUCCAGACAAGAAUAAAUUUUGUGAUAAAGUGAGGAAAAUCCAAGAAAAAUAGCCAUGGCUCUGGCUAUGCAGAAGCGGAAUAAUGUCCGGCUACCGCCGGAAGUGAAUCGGGUGCUGUACAUCCGAAAUCUUCCGUACAAAAUCACCUCAGACGAAAUGUACGACAUCUUUGGCAAAUACGGAGCCAUCAGACAGAUCCGAGUUGGGAAUACACCGGAAACACGUGGGACGGCUUUUGUGGUAUUUGAAGAUAUUUUUGAUGCAAAAAAUGCAUGCGAUCACCUUUCUGGCUUCAACGUUUGCAAUCGAUACCUCGUCGUUUUGUACUAUCAAUCAACAAAGGCAUUCAAGCGUGUGGAUGUGGACAAGAAGCAGGAGGAGCUAGAGAAAAUGAAGACCAAGUACAACAUAAGUACGGACGAGCUGAAGAAGUAGACGCGGCAGGAGAGCAAAAAAUAAAACUCAUCAAUUCAUUCAUCAUCAUCAUCUCAUCAAAUAAAAGACACAAAGAAAAGAAA